GCCCGCGUCGGCUGCGGUUACCGGUUCUUUGUACUGGUUGUGUAGAGUAUUUGCCGAUGGGCGACAACAGUUUUGAAAUGUCCGAUAAUGACGGGCCAAACGACGGUGUGAAGGGCAGUUUUAUGCAUCGCAACCGAGGUACCGAUGGUUUUCCGCCAAGAGGUCCUCCAAGCUUCGGUCCUCGAGGCCCACCGCCACGAUUUCGGGGGCCUCCUCCACCAGGCAUGAUGGGGCGUCGGGGUCCACCCCCAAUGAUGCGGCCCAUGAUGGGGCGGCCUCCUCCACCUGGUUACCGGCCACCUUUUGACCCGAGUUUCCCACCUCCACCCAACAUGGGUCCACCACCACCAAUGGGUAUGGGACCACCACCAGGCAUGGGUGGGCCACCGCCACCACCAAACUUCCAGAACGGUGGUGAGGCGUUUGGAGGCAUGCCACCCCCACGACCGCCCAUGAUGCCCCCACCAGGCUUUGGCAUGGGCCCUCCUCCGCACCAACAGCAGCACCCACCACAGCAACCACCCCCGAUGAGUGGGCCCCCUCCUAUGGGGGGGCCACCACCAGCCUUGGGGCCACCCCCGGGUUUGCCGCCACCAACUUCUAUGCAUGCGCCUGCAGGUGCCUUGCCACCCCCACAAGGGGUUCCUCCACCGCAGCAACCUUGCCUCGACCUCUCUGGCGAGAUAUGGGUGGAGACAAAAAAUGCCCAAGGAAAGGCAUACUACUAUAAUGCCCGCACUAGGGAAUCUGCCUGGAAUAAGCCAGAGGGACCUGGUAUCAAAGUGCUAAGUCAAGAGCAGAUUGAGAGCAUGGCAGCUGCUGCGGGAGUUGCCCCUGGUGGAGCUCUUGGUACUAAUGCUGUGCCAGUGUCCACACUGCCAAUGACAGCUGCAGCGGUUACAUUGGCCAGCAGCACCAUGACACCAAGUCAGAUGGUGACAAGUGGCAGUGCGGCACCAGCAUCACAGUCAAGUAUUGUUGGUGUUGCAGAGAAUCAGACCGACAAACCACCCACCAGCACCAUGCAAGGAGGGGAGCCUACUACGACCGCCACAGCUACCACUACAACUCUGACUCCCAUGGGCGCAGCGACGGCAAGUGGCAGCAGUGACGCACCCGCACAAAAUCAGCAGCAACAGCAGCCAUCCACACAACAGCCGUUGACCACACAGCAGCAGCAGCAGCAGCAGCAGCAGCAGCAGCUGCAGCAGCAACAGCAGCAGCAACAACAACAACAACAGCAGCAGCAGCAUCAACAACAGCAGCAGCAGCAACAGCAGCAGCAACAGCAGCAGCAACAGCAGCAGCAACAGCAGCAGCAGCAGCAGCAGCAGCAGCCCACACAGCAAGAGCCUCCCAAAGGGGUGCCGCCUCCCAACCCUGGCUCUUUGUCAGCGCUGGUUCAGCCGCCUUUGGCUGUGCCUGCUCCAGCAUUUGGCUUGCCACCUCCAUUUGGGCUACCCCCACCACCAUUCGGAUUGCCCCCUG